CAUUUGAUCACAUUUUUCAACCAAUCAGAUUAAAGAACACAGUGACUUUUGGUUUACAAUACUGUAUGAUGUAACACAGAUGUAGCAUAUUUCAGUACUGUAUGAUGUAACACAGGUGUAGCAUAUUUCAGUAUUGUAUGAUAUAACUCAGGUGUAGCGGGCAUCAGUACUGUAUGAUGUAACACAGGUGUAGCAUAUUUCAGUAUUGUAUGAUGUAACUAGGGUGUAGCGGCAUCAGUAUUGUAUGGUGUAACACAGAUGUAGUAUGCAUCAAUACUUUAUAAUGUUACACAGAUGUAUCAUGCAUUAGUCCUGUAUGAGGUAACACAGGUGUAACAUGUAUCAGUACUGUAUGAUGUAGCACAGUUGUAUCAUGCAUUAGUCCUGUAUGAGGUAACACAGGUGUAACAUGGAUCAGUGCUGUGAUGUAACACAGGUGUAGCAUGCAUGAGAACUGUAGCAUAGCCUGCAUCAGAACUGUAUCAGGUAACACAGGUGUAACAUGCAUCAGAAUUGUAUCAGGUAACACAGGUGUAGCAUGCAUCAGAACUGUAUCAGGUAACACAGGUGUACCAUGCAUCAGAACUGUAUCAGGUAACACAGGUGUAACAUGCAUCAGAAUUGUAUCAGGUAACACAGGUGUAACAUGCAUCAGAAUUGUAUCAGGUAACACAGGUGUAGCAUGCAUCAUAACUGUAUCAGGUAACACAGGUGUAGCAUGCAUCAGAACUGUAUCAGGUAACACAGGUGUAGCCUGCAUCAGAACUGUAUCAGGUAACACAGGUGUAACAUGCAUCAGAAUUGUAUCAGGUAACACAGGUGUAGCCUGCAUCAGAACUGUAUCACUAUCAGGUAACACAGGUGUAACAUGUAUCAGGACUGCAUCAGGUAACACAGGUGUAGCAUGCAUCAGAACUGUAUCAGGUAACACAGGUGUAGUAUGUAUCAGAACUGUAUCAGGUAACACAGGUGUAUCAUGCAUCAGAACUGCAUCAGGUAACACAGGUGUAGCAUGCAUCAGAACUGUAUCAGGUAACACAGGUGCAGCAUGCAUCAGAACUGCAUCAGGUAACACAGGUGUAGCAUGCAUCAGAACUGUAUCAGGUAACACAGGUGUAGCAUGCAUCAGAACUGUAUCAGGUAACACAGGUGUAGCAUGCACCAGAACUGUAUCAGGUAACACAGGUGUAGCAUGCACCAGAACUGUAUCAGGUAACACAGGUGCAGCAUGCAUCAGAACUGUAUCAGGUAACACAGGUGUAGCAUGCACCAGAACUGUAUCAGGUAACACAGGUGUAGUAUGUAUCAGUGCUGUGUGUAACAGGGAUAGCACACACAAGUGCUGUAUACAGUAA